AUGGGGAAAUUUCUGAGUUUGCUUGAGACUCCUGGAGAAAAGGCGACGAUUCUCUUUGGACGACAUGACGAUGAAUCGUUCGUCGGUUGCGUUGGCGAUGUAUCUUACAAUGGCGAACUACUCGAUUUUGCUAAGGCAAAAAUUCAUGAAGUUUCAUUGACUGGAUGUUCGUUGGCAGCUGAUGUGAUUAAAACAACAGUAACACCAGCGGAAACGACUGCCACAGCUCAGGCACCACUUGGUCUUCCAGUGAGUGAAGGAGUUACAAAAACAACAACAACAACACCAGCAACAACAACAACAACAACAACAACUACUACUACUACCACAACCACUACACCAGCUCCUACCCCAACGGAAGUUGAGCCAGAAACUACAAGUACGUUACCCACCACUAUGUCUUCGUCAACUACCACAAGUACUAGCACUACUACUAGUACCACUACUAGUACUACUACUAGUACAUCUACUCCUACCAAACCUACUACAACUACCAGCACAACAACCACAACAGCUCGUCCAAUUGUGCGACCUAAAGUAGUGGCAAAACCCGUAUUACCUAAAAAGUCGAAAAAUCUCACAAAAAUUGCCGAGAUGAAGAUGAGAACGACGGCAAUUUUGACGACAUCUCCUCCAUUAAAAUCAAUAGAAAUCCCGAUGGAACUGGACUCUACUCCAGAAGGGGCUAUGAAGAUUUUGGAGCCAACAAUAGUUCCUCAAGGCAAAGGCAUCCCAAUCCCUGAGGGUGCAUGUGCUUUGCGUCUGGAACCGCUAGAGUAUACCGAUGAAGAGGAUGGAAAUCGUUUCGGCCUGCAACCUAAUAGUCGUAUGGAGUAUGACAUAGUGCCCGAUUCGUUUGAUAAGAGUGGAACAUUCUCACUCCAACUUCGCGCUACUGCCUCAAAUGGUGUGAUCUUGUUCGCUACGAAUGAUAAGCACACUGAUCAUAUUGGACUGUUCUUGCUCAAUGGACGAGUUAUUUUCUCAUUUGAUACGGGAACUGGACAGACCGUUAUACGUUCAAACCGCUCGAUCCUUACCGGGGAAUGGCACAUUGUGAAGGCUAGUCGUCGCGGAAAUGAGGGCACUCUCAUCGUGGAUGACGAUUCAUCGGAAACAACGGGAGUUGUGUCAGCCAGUACGGAUGCUAUCGAUACCCAGCCACCAUUGUACUUAGGAGGUAUCCCGAAUGAACUAACCAGCUACGCUCGGACUAUCCUACCGGGUGUACGAUCCGAAUUUGGCGGUUGCAUUAGGGAACUGAAGUUGAACGAUAAGAAGUUCGACACCAUUGCGCGAGAACAUGGAGUUGGUGAAUGCAAGAAACACACAGAAAGUGGUCUUUACUUCGGAAAGGAGGGUGGCUAUGCAAUUUUGAAGAAGGAAUUCCAGGUCGGCCAAUCCUUCUCAGCCGAAAUGGAAGUGCGUCCACGUACGCAGAACGGCGUUCUAUUUUCUGUAGGUGCAGUAGAGUAUCUGACAGUGCAGUUUUUGAAUGGAUCAGUGAAGUUCACCGUGGACAGUGGAUCAGGACCAGAAUCUCUGGUCUACAAACCGGCUGCUCCAAAUGUUCUGUGCGAUGGUCAUUGGCAUUCAAUUAAG